CAUGUUCCUCGGCAGAAGCACCCCCUCUGCCUCCCCCAAGUUCCAACUGUUGUGCUGCCGCAGGAUUCGGUCUGUCUGUCAGAACGGCUUCUUGAUUCUGUUACAGCAGGAGUGUGGUGAAAGUGAUCCUUGGCUUCCCAUCGCACGCACACAAAGGCGAGCAGCUCCUUAAAGGGACCGGCCCGCUCCUCCAUGCAGCUGCAAACGCCUGCCUGUGCGGGCUCAUCAAGCCGGGCUUUCGCCCGAGGAUGAGUGGGGAGGGGUCCUGAGGCGCCCCCGCGUCCUCCCAGAGCGGGGGAGGGAGGGAGCCGCCGGCCGGAGCGCCUGGCGACCACGGACCGCGAGGACCGGCUUUCCAUUCGCUGCUAGCUGGGAUGCUCCGAGCGCCAGCCGCGUCCUGCCUGAGGUCCAAGGAUGCUGGCGGCGCGUCCUGCGGUAUGCCUGAGCUGAUUUGAGCCAGCGCCCAGAAGCGAGCUGCAUUCCGGCGCCACGGACUGGCUCCCGGCAGGGCUGUGGGCAGUCACCAUGAAUGCUCAGCUCUAGGCUGCUGAAACAGCCUCCUGACUACUUGGAUUUGGCUGUUUAAUCAGCCGAGAUUAUCGCCGGGGAAGAUUUCGGAGCCCGAUCGGCGCUCCAGCUGCUGUGACAACUUCGGGUCUGGCUGUUUACUUCUCUCGGUCCCGGGGACUCUGUCCUGCACGGCAGCCACCCCCGCCACUCGGCCGGUUCGGCUCGGAAGUCAGCCGUCAGGACUCGUCUGACGGUGUCCCCGGGAAGGGGGAGCCAGGAGGGGUUAAAAGACGAGCAGAAACCCCCCAGCUGCUCAGCCUCUCGUGACUGCCUGUGCUGUGGGGUUCUGAGAGGGACCGUGAGCUUUCCGGGGAAGCAAUGCAAGUCUCCAUAGCCUGCACUGAGCACAAUUUGAAGAGUCGGAAUGGUGAGGACCGACUUCUGAGCAAGCAGAGCUCCACCGCCCCCAAUGUGGUGAACGCAGCCCGGGCCAAAUUCCGUACGGUCGCUAUCAUCGCGCGCAGCCUGGGGACGUUCACCCCCCAGCAUCACAUUUCUCUCAAAGAGUCCACCGCAAAGCAGACUGGCAUGAAAUAUAGGAAUCUUGGAAAAUCAGGACUCAGAGUUUCAUGCUUGGGUCUUGGAACAUGGGUGACAUUUGGAGGUCAAAUUUCAGAUGAGGUUGCUGAACGGCUGAUGACCAUUGCCUAUGAAAGUGGCGUUAACCUCUUUGAUACUGCCGAGGUCUAUGCAGCUGGAAAGGCUGAGGUGAUUCUGGGGAGUAUCAUCAAGAAGAAAGGCUGGAGGAGAUCCAGCCUCGUCAUAACAACUAAGCUCUACUGGGGUGGAAAAGCUGAAACAGAAAGAGGGUUGUCAAGAAAGCAUAUUAUUGAAGGACUGAAGGGCUCCCUCCAGAGGCUGCAGCUGGAGUAUGUGGAUGUGGUCUUUGCAAAUCGUCCAGACAGCAACACCCCCAUGGAAGAAAUUGUUCGAGCCAUGACACAUGUGAUAAACCAAGGCAUGGCGAUGUACUGGGGCACCUCAAGGUGGAGCGCUAUGGAGAUCAUGGAAGCCUAUUCUGUAGCAAGACAGUUCAAUAUGAUCCCUCCGGUCUGUGAACAAGCUGAGUACCAUCUUUUCCAGAGAGAGAAGGUGGAGGUCCAGCUGCCUGAGCUCUACCAUAAAAUAGGGGUUGGCGCAAUGACAUGGUCUCCACUUGCCUGUGGAAUCAUCUCAGGAAAAUAUGGAAAUGGGGUGCCUGAAAGCUCCAGGGCUUCGCUGAAGUGCUACCAGUGGUUGAAAGAAAGAAUUGUAAGUGAAGAAGGGAGAAAACAGCAAAACAAGCUAAAAGACCUUUCUCCAAUUGCUGAGCGUCUAGGAUGCACACUACCUCAGCUAGCUGUUGCCUGGUGCCUGAGAAAUGAAGGCGUGAGUUCUGUACUCCUGGGAUCAUCCACUCCCGAGCAACUCAUUGAAAACCUCGGUGCCAUUCAGGUUCUCCCAAAGAUGACAUCACAUGUGGUAAAUGAGAUUGAUAACAUAUUGAGAAACAAGCCCUACAGCAAAAAGGACUAUAGAUCAUAAGGCAAUGCAUGAGCCACAGAAGCUGCAUGGGUAAAAUGGCAGUCUGUACCCAGCACAGACUGGUGUUACUAGCCACCCUUUUCAAUCACUUAGCAGCCUGCUGCUAAACCUCUAGUGUCCCUGGAUUCUCUGGUGUCUGCUGUUGCUACCACUGUGCACCUGAGUUCUAAGCACAUCUGAACACUCAUAACCAAGAAAUCCAUUCUAUUUUCUUAUCUUAGACUGGAGUCCCCUAUCCUUGCAUUGCUCUGUAGACCUCAUGCUUAUGCAAUGGGAAAGAAUAUGGGGGAAAAGACAUUACUUUCAGGUAUUUGUUACCUUAAAGAAGGCUGUACAGAUAUAUUUUUUCAAAAGAACAAAAUCCACAGAUGCAAUAUAAAUUGCGUAAGAGGCAGAGUAGAAUACUGUCAUUCAGAAGUCUUGUUUGGGAGAAUAAGCAGAAACACUUUUACAUUCUCUUAUUUCAUAUUCAUAUUAGCAAGUUUUAUUUCAUUGUCAUUCAACAAAAAUUUCUAAGAAAAUCCUUUCAUUACCUUUUUAAGUAUUUACUGAUGCUUGGUCCUAUACAAUUUAUUUGGAGUAUCUUUUAGGAUUCUAAAAAUCUUUCGUCCAUUUACAUGUAGAGAUGAGAAAUGAGUACUCCACUCUUCAACUCGAGAUAUUGUGGAUAAUUUAUGAUGGGGAGGGUUACAAUGACAUGGAAGCUUAAGCUUUGAAUAAAAUGUGCAAUUGAGUUCAUUUUUUACAUUAAAACUUGCUUUGUACUUUCAAUUGCGUGUAAAUAGAACUUCUGCAAGCUUAAAUAUUUGAGCUUUAAAAACACACAAAUGCUCAGUUUUGUAAGUAAACCUGUAAAAUACCCAGAAAGGCAAAUGUUCACUAUUUAACUACCACUGGGACUUUUCAAUAUAAUGCUUGGUAUAUCUGAGGAGUUAUUAACCUAAAAAUCGUAGGCUUUGUGAAAAACAUGUCACUACUCAGAAUAUGCCAUCUAAAUUUUCCCAGUGAAAAGCAAAAUGUCCAAGAAGCUCCUGACUCUAUAUUACAUGCACCACAAUAUAUGCAUGAAAGCUCUUUGCAUGUAUUAAAGGGGCUUAGCUUUGUUGCACUCAGAAUCUGAGGUAUAUCUAGCCCUUCCCCUAUUGGCUAGCUUUUCCUUCAUUAACAUCCCACUUGAGAAAAACUAUGAGAAUAUACUUUGUGGAUAUCUGUUAAAAGGAAGAGAACAUGUCUUACUUUUUUCAGGGUUAAGAGUGGUUCUUUAAUUCUAUUUGGACAUCUGAGGAUGUGCAAGAUUCUAAUUUAAUUAUCUGGUCAGCAAGUUCCCCAUAGAGAAAUCACUUUGAAAUUUACAUUAAGAAAUAUAUCAUCUUAAAAUGCUAUUUUGUCAUUACUUCCAGAUAACUAUUUCAUGGUUAAGUUCUAAAUCUUAAAAUGUUAAGAUACCAACAAAUAUUUCUGUUUGAUCACUACUUUUUGUAGUCUGAUAGAGAUUUUGGAUUUUUUGCCUGUGACUAUCAGAUUAAGGAUGGGAAUGGAUUUUUUCAGCUGUUCAUUGUGUAUUCAAUCCAGUGAACUACUGUAUGUAUAAAUGAGCUGAGGCGCUAUCUUAAUGGGAAAUGCAAUUUUAACUUACUUGCUUAGAGUAAUAAAAGCAUUUUGUGCAAUCUCACAA